GGCAUCGCUUUAGUUCUCCCUGCAGGCCAUGUCCGGCUGCAUGCCCCUUCAGCGACUGCACUUGUGCAUGAUCUGUGCCCUGUGCUUUGUUGUCUGCCAAUUUGUGUUCCUGCUAGUUCUGCUGCAGAGGGAAACCUUCACGGGCAGACUGCUGCUGUUUGACGGGGGGGAUCAUGGCAAAGGCAAAGACGAAAGACGUCUGUUCGGAUGGCGAGAGUUCAUUUCGCACACACCAGAACAAUCGGCGGCGUUUUACCAGUACAAUCUGCAGCUGAGUGAUAGAGUGGGUGCAGUACGAUGGCUGCCCAGAACUCGACAUGAGAGCUGUGAUUCGCAGCGCACCUACAGCCUGCCGCACGCCUCUCGCGCCAAGGUGAGCGUCGUAAUCAGCUUCCACAACGAGGCCCGUUCCAUGCUCCUUAGAACGAUCAUAUCCCUGAUCAGCCGCACGCCAGAGGACUAUCUGCACGAGCUUAUCCUCAUAGACGAUGCAAGUCAAGAUGUUUCCCUGCUGGACGACCUCAAGAAGCUGAUGGCCAAAGUGUAUGCCACCCGGGGUCGCCUGACGCUCAUUUGCCUGCGCAAUGUGCGGCGACAGGGGCUGAUUUGGUCACGCAACAGGGGAGCCGAGGCGGCCACUGGCCACUUCCUGCUCUUUCUGGACAGUCAUUGCGAGGUGAACGAGGCCUGGCUGGAGCCCCUGCUGGAUCGACUGGCGCUGAACGCGACGCUGGCGGUCAGCCCGCUGCUGGACCCCAUUGACCCCACAACCUUGAGGUACAGCAAGGGCAACGAGCUGCUCAAGGGUGGCUUCGACUGGAGCCUGCACUUCCACUGGCUGAAGCGCGAGCUGUCGGCGAAGGAGGCCCCCGAGCAGCCGUACCCGAGUCCGGCCUUUGCCGGGGGCGUUCUGAUGAUCUCACGCGACUGGUUCCUUAAGCUGCGUGGCUUCAACUCCCGCCUGAAGAUCUGGGGCGGCGAAUCCAUCGAGCUAGCCAUUAAAUUGUGGCUUUGCGGUGGACAAAUUGAGAUCGUGCCCUGCAGUCGAAUCGGACACAUCUUUCGCCCUCGACAUGCCUUCGACUUUCCGCCGCAGUUUGACCACGAGUCGAGCGCCGCCCUGGCCACCUAUCUACACAACUCAAAAAUCAUAGCCGAGUCCUGGCUGGACGAGUAUAAAAAUAUGUUCUACGUACUCAAGCCGGCGGCCAGGCAGAUUCCAUUGCUCCCCACCGACCAGGAGGAGGACCACCCCACCCGACAGCUGAAGCUGGAGCUCCAGUGUCAUCGCUUCGAUUGGUAUCUGCGGCAUGUGAGCCCCGAACUAAAGGCGCACUUCAACGAGCUCGCUGCGAUGGGCACCCUGAAGAAUGGGCACCGCUGUCUGCAUGCCCGACGCACGGACACAGACAUGGACACGGACAGUGAAGUGAAGCUGCCAGUGAUCCUGGACAGCUGCUACCUCAACGACAUCACCCACUGGAGACUGCUGCGCCAAAGCGGGCAGCUCAGCACUGCAACAGAACGCUGCCUCGGAGUGGAGGAGAACUCACAGCCCCCUCGACUCACCCUGAAUGCCUGCAGCAGGCACAAGACCCGAAAGAAGGCACAGCGCUGGCUGCGACGUGGCACACAGCUGGUGCACAACGAGACGCAUCUCUGCCUGGAUAAUCCGCUCAAGAAUCAAUUGGUGCUGAGCCCUUGCCGGUCCCUGGCAGCUUCCCAGUCGUUUCAAUUUGCAUUGGAAAUAGAGAAGCAAACAUAAA